GUUAUCAAAUUUUUUUUAUUUCAGUGCAGGUUAGAAAAACAUGACAUAUGUGUAUCCUGGUUUCAAUAGGAUCUAUAAAGUUUUGGGUGGCAUCAUUGGGGUGUCAUCUGGUUUGCUGACACUGGCAUGGUAUAAGUCAAACAUCAAUGCAGAAGAUAAAAAAGAAACUCACACAGAUGAUAGUAUUGAUUUCUCAUAUGUCAAUUUUGUAAACGAUCACUCAAAAGAUACAGAAAGAAACCACAUAAAAAUAAAUUCUAAAGUAUGUGGUUUAUCAAGUCACAAUGUCGUCUUCAAUAAAAAGUAUAAGAAAAUCGUUCCAAAAAUAUUUAAAAUUUUACAUCAAGCAAAAGAAGAAUUUGGCACACCUGGUAUAAGUUUUGCAAUUUCACGUAAUGGUGAUUUGGUACUUAAAGGUGGAAUUGGAUUGGCUGAUGUUGAAAAUCAUGUUCCGUGCACUAGUGAAACUGUUCUUCGGAUUGCAAGCAUUAGUAAAAGUUUAACAACAUUAGCGAUAGGAAAACUAAUGGAGGAAGGCAAACUUGAUUUAAAUAAACCCGUCCAAGAAUAUGUUCCAAAUUUUCCGUUGAAGACAUUUGAAGGUUCCAAUGUUUCAAUCACAACAUAUGACCUGCUAUCUCAUACUAGUGGAAUCAGAGGCUACUUUGAUGAUAAGGGUGAAGAGUUGAUUGACGAUAAAUUACAACGCAAAAGAAACAUCCGAAAAUCAAAGUACGGUGACAAUUUUUUUGGUUCAGAUGAAAUGUAUAAUAAAAAUUACUAUGAAAAAGUUGCUGAUGGAUUGGCUCUAUUUGAAAACGACCCACUGAUUUUUAAACCUGGCACUGAUUAUGAAUAUUCAUCAAUCGCUUAUACCCUUGUUAGCUGUAUUGUUGAGAAAGCGAGCAAAGUGGAUUACGUGAAGUAUAUGAAAUCAAUUUGUGAUGAGCUUGAAAUGGAUAAUACAAUGGUGGAUUUGAAUGACCCGUUGAUCUAUCACCGUGCUCGAAACUAUAUACGAAAAAAUGGUCGUCUUCAAAAUGUUCCAUAUGUAGACAACUCGUACAAAUGGUGUGGUGGUGGAUUUUUAUCAAAUGUGGAAGACUUGCAGAAGUUUGGAAAUGCAAUGUUAAUAUCAGCUGCUACUGAUAAAGGUUUCUUAAAACCUUCCACGGUGUCAACACUAUGGACACCAUGUCGUGUCACCACCGGAAAAGGGUCUAAAACAUAUCCAGAAUCAUCUUACGCACUUGGUUGGGCUAUUUUGCCGAACAGGGAGAAUCAAAGAAGAGCAGUAUUACACACAGGAGGUGCUAUUGGAUGUAGUAGCGUAUUUAUGCUUUGCGAAGGAGAGAAACUACAACAAAACCAAGACCAGAAACUCGUUCAGCCGAACGGCUCCGUGAUUGCAAUCAUUGUUAAUAUGGAGAGUGUUGGUUUAACAGAGACUGCGCUUAAAAUAGAGAAGUGUCUGCAAGGAGCUAUAUAGUGAUUAAAUCUUCAUUUACUUACUGGAUGGUGAGAGAAACGUUCUUUGGAAUAUUGAAUAUAUAUUUUUUACUUUAGAACUUAUGAACAAUGAGUACAAUGUCAAACUUUCAUUCAACAGUACAUUCAACAGCUUUUUUUAUUUAAAUCAAUAAAUGAACGGCGCUAGUGGA